AGCGCUCGCCUUACGCCUGCGCCGUCCCCAUGGUGACCGGUCCCUCCGUCCAGAGGCGGCUCUGCGCCUGCGCCGUCACCAUGGUGACCGGUCCCUCCUCCCGGUACCCGAGCGGGGUGACCCGGAUGUAAAGGGGCCGCGUUUCCGGGUUGUGCCCGGCAGGAUGGCGGCGGACACGCAGGUUUCCGAGACGCUGAAGCGUUUUGCAGUGAAAGUGACCACGGCCAGCGUAAAGGAACGGAGAGAGAUCCUCAACGAACUGGGAAAAUGUGUUGCCGGGAAAGAUCUGCCCGAGGGAGCCGUGAAAGGCCUCUGCAAGUUGUUCUGCCUGACUCUGCAUCGCUACAGAGACGCGGCAUCCCGCCGGGCCCUGCAGUCGGCCAUCCAGCAGCUGGCGGAGGCCCAGCCCGAAGCCACCACCAAGAACCUCCUGCAGUCGCUUCAGUCUUCAGGAAUCAGCUGCAAGGCCGGCGUUCCCAGUAAGAGCAGCGGGUCGGCGGCUUUGCUGGCGCUCUCCUGGACCUGCCUGCUCGUGCGCAUCGUCUUCCCCACGCGGGCCAAGAGGCAAGGAGAGACCUGGAAGAAACUGGUGGAAGUCCAGUGCCUGCUUCUGCUGGAAGUCCUGGGCGGCUCUCACAAGCACGCGGUGGACGGAGCCGUGAAGAAACUCAACAAGCUGUGGAAGGAGAACCCAGGCCUGGUGGACCAGUACCUGGCGGUCAUUCUCAGCCUGGAACCCAACCAGAACUACGCAGGGAUGCUGGGGCUACUGGUGCAGUUCUGCACGGGCCACAAAGAAAUGGACGUGGUCAACCGUCACAAGAGUGCCCUUCUGGAGUUCUACGUGAAGAACAUCUUGAUGAGUAAGACCAAACCCCAGAAGCACCUGCUGGACCGCUGCGCUCCCCUGCUUCGCUACGUCUCUCACUCGGAGUUCAAGGACCAGGUACUGCCCAUCCUGCAGAAGUCCCUGCUGCGGAGCCCCGAGAACGUCAUCGGAACCGUUUCCAGUUUAUUGGCAUCGGUGAAUCUCGAUCUCAGCCAGUACGCUUUGGACGUCGUAAAAGGAUUGGCCAGUCAGCUGAAGUCUAACAGCGCCCAGCUGAUGGAGGAGGCUGUGGUGGCAUUAAGGAAUCUGGCCCGUCAGUGCAGCGAUUCGUCAGCCGUGGAGUCCCUGGCGAGACAUCUGUUUGCCAUCUUAGGAGGCUCAGAGGGCAAGCUGACCGUUGUGGCUCAGAAGAUGAGCGUCCUCUCAGGGAUUGGAAGCUUCAGUCAUCACGUGGUCUCUGGGUCUUCCAGUCAAGCGCUGAACGGAACUGUGGCCGAGCUGUUCAUCCCUUUCCUCCAGCAAGAAGUCCACGAAGGCACCCUGGUGCACGCGGUCUCGGUCCUUGCCCUCUGGUGCAGCCGGUUCUCCACGGAAGUGCCCAACAAGCUCAUCGAAUGGUUUAAGAAAGCCUUCAGCCUUAAAACCUCCACGUCGGCCGUGAGACACGCCUACCUGCAGUGCAUGCUCUGCUCGUUCCGAGGCGACACGCUUUUACAAGGAAUGGCUUUGCUGCCCCUGCUGAUUCAGGCCGUGGAAAAGGCGGGAUCCCAAAGUACUCAGGUCUCAGCGGUGACCGAAGGGGUGGCCGCCGCCCUGCUGAUCUGCAGACUGUCAGUGGUGGACGUGCAGGCCGAGGCCAAGCUGAGCGGUUUCUGGCAGCUGAUCGUGGAUGAGAAGAAGCAGAUUUUCACCUCUGAAAAAUUCCUGCUGUUGGCUUCCGAGGAUGCCCUGUGCACCGUGCUGCAGCUCGCCGAGCGGCUCCUCCUGGACCAGGCGCAUCGCCUCCCGGGCAGCAAAGUUCAGCAAUACCACCGGGCGCUGGCGGCCGUGCUCCUCAGCCGCCCCUGGCACGUGCGCAGGCAGGCGCAGCAGACGGUGCGGAAGCUCCUGUCCUCCCUGGGCGGCUUCCGUCUGGCCUACGGGCUCCUGGAGGAGCUGAAAGCCGUCCUCGAUUCUCACAAGGUGUUGCCUUCGGAGGCUCUGUGGACCGAAUCGGGCGAGAUGGCGGAGUUGGGCAAGGCCUACGUGCCCCCCCGGGUCCUGCAGGAAACCCUGUGUGUGAUCUCGGGGGUGCCGGGCUUGGAGUCCGACCCCACCGAGACGGAGAGACUGGCCCAGGAGAUGCUCAUCAUCACCCAUCAUCCUUCCAUAGUCGCCGUGCAGUCUGGGCUUUGGCCGUCCCUCCUUGCGAGGAUGAAGCUUAACCCGACCGACUUCAUUACCAAGCACCUGGACCAGAUGCUGCCCAGAAUCACCUCCCAGGCUCCCCUGAACCAGUCGUCCAUGAACGCGAUGGGCUCGCUGUCCAUCCUGUCUCCCAGCCGGGUCCUCCCACAGUUGAUGGGCACCAUCGCGGCCUCGGUGCGGAACCCCGCCCUGUUCCAGGUGACGCGCGAGGAGUUUGCCAUCAUGCAGACGCCCGCGGGGGAACUGUACGACAAAUCCAUCAUUCAGAGUGCCCAGCAAGACAGCACGAAAAAAGCCAACAUGAAGCGAGAGAACAAGGCGUACUCCUUCAAGGAGCAGAUCAUCGAGCUGGAGCUGAAAGAGGAAAUAAAGAAGAAGAAGGGAAUAAAGGAAGAGGUACAGUUGACCAGCAAGCAAAAAGAAAUGAUGCAGGCCCAGCUGGACAAGGAGGCCCAGAUCAGGAGGCGACUGCGGGAGCUGGACGGCGAGCUGGAGGCAGCCCUGGGACUCCUGGAAACCAUCCUGAGCAAGAACCCUCCCGGCCUCUCCCAGUACAUCCCCAUCCUGGUCGGCUCCUUCUUGCCGCUCCUGAAUUCCCCGCUGGCCGCUCCCAGGAUCAAGGGCCCGUUCCUCGCCUUGCCCGGCUGCGUCCUGUCUGGACGGCUGAAGACGUUGGGUACCUUGGUGAGUCACGUAACCCUGCGCUUGCUGAAGCCGGAGUGUGCUCUGGAUAAAUCCUGGUGCCAAGAGGAGCUGCCGACGGCCACCAAGCGAGCCGUGACCCUGCUUCACGCCCAGACCGUCCCCAGCAAGACCGGCAAGGGGGAGCCAGGUGCCUCGCCCUUGUCAGCGCCGGCGUUUUCCUUGGUCUUUCCUUUCCUGAAGAUAGUGCUGACGGAGACGCCGAACCCGAGCGAAGAGGCGGAGCAGCUCAGGGUCCAGAUUCUGCAGAUCCUGACCGUCCACGCUCAGCUGAGGUCGUCCCCGAAGAGCAAAUCCGUGUUGGUGGAUGAGAACGGCCCCGAGCUCCUGCCUCGUACCGACAUGCUGCUGCUGCUCACCCGGCUGGUUGGGACCGGUUCUCCCCACUUACAGGUGCUGGCCACCAACGCGCUGACCGCCCUGUGCGCCAGCAGCGGCGGCGGAGCCGGCUGCGCCUUCGCCGAGCAGGAGGAGGUGGACGUGCUGCUGCGGGCCCUGCAGGCCCCCUGCUCCAACGUGCGCGAUGCCGCGCUCCGGGGACUGUCGGAGCUCCGGCUGGUUCUCCCGACCCCAGACAGCGACGAGAAGAACGGGAUGGAUCUGCUUCGCCGUCUCUGGGUGGUCAAGUUCGACGUGGAAGAGGAGAUCCGGAAACUGGCCGAGAGGCUCUGGGAAUCCAUGGGCCUGGAGCUGCGGCCCAGCCUCUGCUCCCUGCUGAUCGAAGACGUGAUCCACCCGGAGGAGGCGGUGCGGCAGGCGGGGGCCUCGGCCCUCUCCCACGCCGUGGCUCUCUACCGGAGGCAGGCGGCCGAAGUCAUGGGGAGACUCAUGGAGAUCUACCAGGCCAAGCUCUACAGGCCGCCGCCCAUCCUGGACGCCUUGGGACGAGUCAUCUCGGAAUCUCCUCCUGAUCAGUGGGAAGCCAGGUGUGGGCUGGCCCUGGCCCUGAACAAGCUCUCGGAAUACCUGGACAGCUCCCAGGUGAAGCCGCUCUUUCAGUUCUUCGUCCCGGACGCGCUCAACGACCGCCGCCCCGAAGUCCGCAAGUGCAUGUUGGAUGCAGCCAUCGCCACGCUCAACACCCACGGCAAGGAGAACGUCAACUCCCUCCUGCCGGUGUUUGAGGAGUUCCUGAAGAACGCCCCCAACGACGCCAGCUAUGACGCCGUCCGGCAGAGCGUGGUGAUCCUGAUGGGCUCCCUGGCCAAGCAUCUGGACAAGAGUGACCCCAAAGUGAAGCCAAUUGUCGCCAAGCUGGUAGCGGCCCUCUCCACCCCAUCGCAACAGGUCCAGGAGUCGGUGGCCAGCUGCCUGCCCCCUCUGGUACCGGCCAUCAAGGACGACGCGGGAGGGAUGAUCCAGAAGCUGAUGCAGCUGCUUCUCGAGUCGGAGAAGUACGCCGAGCGCAAAGGAGCGGCCUACGGGCUGGCGGGCCUGGUGAAGGGCCUGGGCAUCCUCUCGCUGAAGCAGCAGGAGAUGAUGACCACCCUGACCGACGCCAUCCAGGACAAGAAGAACUUCCGCCGGCGAGAGGGAGCCCUCUUUGCCUUCGAGAUGCUGUGCAGCAUGCUUGGAAAGCUGUUCGAGCCCUAUGUGGUGCACGUUCUGCCCCACCUGCUGCUCUGCUUCGGAGACGGGAACCAGUACGUGCGGGAGGCCGCGGAUGACUGCGCCAAGGCCGUGAUGAGCAACCUGAGCGCCCACGGGGUGAAGCUCGUGCUGCCCUCCCUCCUGGCUGCUCUGGAGGAGGAGUCCUGGAGAACCAAAGCCGGGUCUGUGGAAUUGCUGGGGGCCAUGGCCUACUGUGCCCCCAAGCAGCUCUCGUCCUGCCUGCCCAACAUCGUGCCAAAGCUCACCGAGGUGCUGACCGACUCGCACGUCAAAGUCCAGAAGGCCGGGCAGCAGGCCCUCCGGCAGAUCGGCUCCGUCAUCAGGAACCCCGAGAUCUUGGCUAUCGCCCCGGUCCUUCUGGACGCCUUGACCGACCCUUCCAGGAAGACCCAGAAGUGCCUGCAGACCCUACUGGACACCAAGUUCGUCCACUUCAUCGACGCCCCGUCCCUCGCCCUCAUCAUGCCCAUCGUCCAGCGGGCCUUCCAGGACCGCUCCACCGACACGCGGAAGAUGGCGGCCCAGAUCAUCGGCAAUAUGUACUCUCUGACGGACCAGAAGGAUCUGGCUCCUUACCUGCCCAGCGUGACGCCUGGCCUGAAGGCCUCUCUGUUGGAUCCGGUGCCUGAGGUGCGAACGGUGUCCGCCAAGGCCCUCGGGGCGAUGGUGAAGGGCAUGGGGGAGUCGUGCUUUGAGGACCUGCUGCCGUGGCUGAUGGAGACGCUGACGUACGAGCAGAGCUCGGUGGAUCGCUCCGGAGCGGCCCAAGGGCUGGCCGAGGUCAUGGCCGGACUGGGGGUGGAGAAGCUGGAGAAGCUGAUGCCCGAGAUCGUGGCCACGGCCAGCAAGGUGGACAUUGCCCCCCACGUCCGAGACGGCUACAUCAUGAUGUUCAACUACCUGCCCAUCACGUUCGGGGACAAGUUCACGCCGUACGUGGGCCCCAUCAUCCCCUGCAUCCUCAAGGCCCUGGCCGACGAGAACGAGUUUGUGCGGGACACGGCCCUGAAGGCCGGCCAGCGCAUCAUCUCCAUGUACGCCGAGACCGCCAUCGCCCUCCUGCUGCCUCAGCUGGAGCAAGGCCUCUUUGACGAUCUGUGGAGAAUAAGGUUCAGCUCGGUGCAACUCCUCGGCGACCUCCUCUUCCACAUCUCGGGCGUCACCGGGAAAAUGACCACGGAAACGGCCUCUGAGGAUGACAACUUUGGAACCGCCCAGUCCAACAAGGCCAUCAUCAGCGCCCUGGGCGUGGAGCGGCGGAACCGCGUGCUGGCCGGCCUGUACAUGGGCCGAUCGGACACCCAGCUGGUCGUUCGCCAGGCGUCCCUGCACGUCUGGAAGAUCGUGGUGUCCAACACCCCCCGCACCCUGCGGGAGAUCCUCCCCACCCUCUUCGGCCUCCUCCUGGGCUUUCUGGCCAGCACCUGCCCCGACAAGAGGACGAUCGCAGCCCGGACGCUGGGAGACCUCGUCCGGAAGCUAGGAGAGAAGAUCCUCCCGGAAAUCAUUCCCAUCCUCGAGGAGGGCCUGCGGUCGGAGAAGAGCGACGAGAGGCAGGGGGUGUGCAUCGGGCUCAGCGAGAUCAUGAAGUCCACCAGCAGGGAUGCGGUGCUGUUCUUCUCCGAGUCCCUGGUCCCCACGGCAAGGAAGGCCCUGUGCGACCCGCUGGAGGAGGUGAGGGAGGCCGCGGCCAAGACCUUCGAGCAGCUGCAUUCCACCAUCGGCUUCCAGGCCCUCGAGGACAUCCUGCCCUUCCUGCUGAAGCAGCUGGAUGACCCGGAGAUGUCCGAGUUUGCCCUGGAUGGCCUGAAGCAAGUGAUGGCGGUGAAAAGUCGGGUGGUGCUGCCCUACCUGGUGCCCAAACUGACCUCCGCGCCCGUCAACACCCGGGUCCUGGCUUUCCUGUCGACGGUGGCCGGGGACGCCCUGACGCGCCACCUCGGCGUCAUCCUGCCGGCCGUCAUGUCCGCCCUGAAAGAGAAGCUCGGGACCGGCCACGAGCAGCUGGAGGUGGCCAACUGCCAGGCGGUCAUCCUGUCGGUGGAGGAUGACGCCGGACAGAGGAUCAUCAUCGAGGACCUGCUGGAGGCCACCCGCAGCCCGGAGGUGGGCAUGAGGCAGGCGGCUGCCAUGAUCCUCAACAUCUACUGCUCCAAGUCGAAGGCCGACUACACGGGCCACCUGCGGGGCCUGGUCUCGGGCCUGAUCCGUCUCUUCAACGACGCCAACGGCGUUGUCCUGGACGAGAGCUGGGACGCCCUCAACUCCAUCACCAAGAAGCUGGACGCCGGCAACCAGCUGGCUCUCAUCGAAGACCUGCACAGGGACAUCCGGAUGGUCGGGAACGACGCCAAAGGGGAGCACGUGCCAGGGUUCUGCAUCCCAAAGAAGGGCGUCACCUCCAUCCUUCCCGUGCUGCGCGAAGGAGUCCUGGCCGGCAACCCGGAGCAGAAAGAGGAGGCGGCCAAAGCCUUGGGCCUGGUGAUCCAGCUGACGUCGGCGGAAGCCCUGAAGCCGUCCGUGGUCAGCAUCACCGGGCCCCUGAUCCGCAUCUUGGGCGACCGCUUCAGCUGGAACGUCAAGGUGGCUCUGCUGGAAACCCUCAGCCUCCUCCUGGCCAAGGUGGGGAUCGCCCUGAAGCCGUUCCUGCCCCAGCUGCAGACGACGUUCACCAAAGCGCUCCAGGACUCGAACCGGGCCGUCCGCCUCAAGGCCGCCGAUGCCCUGGGGAAGCUGAUCGCCAUCCACGUCAAGGUGGACCCGCUGUUCACCGAGCUGCUCAACGGAAUCCGCACCAGCGAGGACUCCGGCAUCAGAGACACCAUGCUCCAAGCCCUGCGGUUUGUAACGCAAGGAGCCGGCGCCAAAGUGGACGCGGCCAUUCGGAAGAACAUCACCACCGUGUUGCUCGGCAUGCUGGGACACGAUGAGGAUGCCACGCGCAUGGCUUCGGCCGGCUGCCUCGGGGAGCUCUGCGCCUUCCUCGCCGACGAGGAGCUCGGCACCGUUCUCCAGCAGCACCUGCUCGCGGACGUGUCCGGGAUCGACUGGAUGGUGCGGCACGGGCGGAGCCUGGCGCUGUCGGUGGCCGUGAACGCGGCCCCCGGCAGGCUCUGUAACCCCAAGUACGGCCCCGGCGUGCAGGAGAUGAUCUUCAGCCACGCCGCCGCUGACAGGAUCCCCAUCGCGGUGAGCGGCGUCCGGGGCAUGGGCUUCCUGAUGAAGCAUCACAUCGGGGCCGAAGGGGGCCACCUGCCCGGCAAACUCUCCAGCUUCUUCAUCAAGUGUCUGCAGAACCCGUCCAGCGACAUCAAGCUGGUGGCCGAGAAGAUGAUCUGGUGGGCCAACAAAGACCGGCUGCCGCCCCUGGAUCCCCAAGUCAUCAAGCCCAUCGUGAAGGCGCUGCUGGACAACACCAAGGACAAGAACCCCGGCGUUCGGGCGUACAGCGACCAGGCCAUCGUCAACCUGCUGAAGAUGAGGCAGGGCGAGGCCGUCUUCCAGGCCGUCUCCAAGAUCCUGGACGCGGCCAGCCUGGAGCUGUUGAACGAGAGCUGCCGGCGGUCCCUGAAGAAGCUGGCCGGCCAGGCCGACUCCCUGGAACAGAUCGACGACACCAUCCUGACGUGACGGGCCGGGCCCACGGCAGCGGGACUCCAGACCGACCGACCCCUCGACGUUUCCAUUUUGGAAAAUACCUUGAGUUGCGACGGGGGCGGGGGCUUGGGAAGGGGCCUCCCCGGAGAGUAUUUUAAUCUUCCGAACAGACCGCAGCAGAAGCCUUAAUCCGACCCGCGUGCGAUUGAAAAUGACCUCCUCCUCUUCCUCCUCCUCUUUCUCCUCCUCCUCACCUGGAGGUGGCCAGCUCACCUGCCCGGCGGGCGACGGGGAGGCGGCGGAGGGUGUGGACUCGACGUGGUCCUCGGUCCCUGCUCGUGUGCGGUUUUGUCUUUGGUUCGGAACCCAGCGGACCCCUAAUCCGACCGCGGCGGUGUUGAAAUAGCCAUAGCAGUUACCGGGUGCCGGGGAGGGGGGGAAAUGCAGGCUGUCGAAAGGCGGAACGUUUAAUAAAGGCUUUGACUUAA